AUGUCCAAGACACAGGAUUCCAUCCCUGGCUCCGUUACCUCUCGGGUGUCAAUCGAAAAGAUCCAAGAUGCAUCUCAGUGCUUUGAGACUAAGCCAGAGAUUGAUGGAAGCCAUGAUUACAUCCAGACCGGCAACACGGAUGGUCUCCAGCGCAGUCUGACAAACCGAAAGGUCCAACUGUCUGCCAUCGGUGCCUCCAUCGGUACUGCUCUGUUCAUGAGCAUCGGUGGAGUCCUCAUCAAAGCCGGUCCUGCGAGCCUGUUGCUGGCAUUUGUUACCUACAACAUAUUUUUGGCUAUGCUGAAUAACUGCAUUGCUGAGAUGGUUGUUUAUAUGCCCGUCAGCGGUGGUUUUAUUCGCAUGGCUGGCAAGUGGGUUGAUGAUGCUCUUGGCUUCAUGGUUGGAUGGAAUUUCUUCCUGUAUCAGGUGGUUAUCAUCCCUUUUGAGAUUACUGCCUUGAGCUUGGUGCUGUCUUACUGGAGUGAUAAUAUUCCUGUUGCGGCAAUCUGCGGUGGCUGCAUUGUGCUCUAUGGUCUCCUCAACGCCUUCACGGUCAAAGUCUACGGCGAAUCCGAAUUCUGGCUCUCCGGUGGCAAAGUCGUCCUCCUCUUCAUCCUCCUUUCCUUCACCUUCAUCACAAUGGUCGGCGGGAACCCUCAACAUGACGUAUAUGGUUUCCGCUACUGGAAGAACCCUGGCGCCUUUGCGGAGUUCUCGUCAACUGGUAUGCUUGGCCAGUUUGAGGGCUUCUUGGCUGCUCUUUGGGCUGCAUCGUUCACCUGUGUUGGACCUGAGUUUGUCUCCAUUGUCGCGGCUGAGGCUAAGCAUCCUCGAAUUUAUAUCAAGACGGCUUACAAGAUUGUAUACUUGCGAAUCUUGGUCUUUUACAUCGGUUCGGCUAUUGCUGUUGGUAUUCUCGUUCCCUUCAACGAGCCUACCAUGACGGCCAUCUUCAAUGGUGAGACUGGACACAGUGGAAGUGCGGCUGCUUCCCCAUACAUUAUUGCUAUGGGUAACCUAGGCAUUGGUGUUUUGCCUCACAUUAUCACGGCACUCAUCUCAACCACCAUCUUUGCCGCGGGCAAUAGUGUCACUUACUACGGCAUCCGAUCUCUCUACGGACUGUCCAUCGAGGGCCGCGCGCCCAAGUUCCUCCGAAAGACCACCAAGCAGGGCGUUCCCAUCUACUGCGUCGCCGUAGUCAUGGUGUUCCCCUUCUUGUCCUUCCUUCAGAUGUCCAGCGGUUCCGCCCAGGUCCUAACUUGGCUCAUCAAUUUGGCUACGGGAUGCACCAUUGUCGACUACAUCGUCAUCGCCAUCACAUACAUCUGCUUCUAUCGUGCCACCGUCGUGCAAAAGUUUGACCGCAAGAGCCUUCCCUACCGUGGUUGGUUCCAGCCGUACUCUGCUUGGCUGGCGCUGGUCUGGGAGAUUCUUAUCAUCACCUUUUACGGAUACAAGAGUUUCUCUCCCUGGGACGUCGGUUCCUUCUUUACCUACUAUGCCAUGGUUAUUCUGAUGCCAAUUCUAUUCUUUGGAUGGAAGUACGUCAAGGGCACCAAGUGGCUCAAGCCAGAGGAGGUCGAUCUUGUUUGGGAUGCUCCCUAUAUCGCCGCUUACGAAGAGGCCACCCCUGAUCGUCCCGUCGGAUUCUUUAGGGACUGUUGGCAAUCUCUUCCGUUUAAUAAGCCCAAGAACAAGACCGAGGAGGCGAUCACUUGUUAG